GCUGAUUGGUGGCGGUUGUCACGUGAAACAACAGAAGGAAGCGAGUCGCUGGGUUAGACAAACUCAUAGUGAGGAAUAUCUGAAUUUUACAACUUGCACUAUAUAUGUUUAUUUACAUAUUCAUAUCGCAUAUUGAUAUAUUAAUGUUGGAGUCAGAGAAUAGUCUGUAAAUUGAGAACAUCAGUGCAGACGGACAAAUGAGUGUGCGUGCUUUGUGGAUCAUUUCUCACGACAAGGGAGAAAAUGUAUCAAUACGCUUUUCAAGGAGGUUUGCCACUGUGGAGCACCGUGCAAAGAGACUGGCAGGUUCCUCAUAUGUAGCUGUCCCAGAAGACAACACUGUGCUGCAGCUCCUGCUCAUUGAGCUUGGGCUUUCAGAACUGGACAAGUCCUAUGUGGCUCUCAGAGAUGAUUGCCUUCAUUGUCAGCGAUCACCGGCCCUGGAGCUGCGCGUGGAUGGUCCUGGAAAGGGAAUUCUGUGGCCAGUGUUGGCCAUCUCAUCAGGGCCUCUUAUCCUAGUUUGCCUUCCUUUAGUGGAUGCCCCCGCUGAGCCACGGCCACCCCUUGUCAGCCUGCUGUCUGUCUCCCAGAGCCUCACGCUCCUGGGAGGUCUUCAGACUUUCCUCCUCAGCCCAGGGGGUAAACCUGAUACCGAGGGUCUGGCCUCGCGCCUGGCAAUGCUGCCCUCUGUGCUCCUGCAGGUUUGUCCACUUGGCACGCCCCUGGAUGUGCCGCCACUGGGACCACCUGCUACACCCACAGUUACCAUCCCCACUGGGAACCAGAGGCAGCCAGCCUGGAAGACAGGGCUCCACCGCGGUCGAGCUGUGGUCAAUGUGGCACUGAUAGAAACAGUACGCUCUAUGCAGUAUGGUAACCGUAGCAGACAGGACCUGUGGGAUGUUUUUGGCAAUGUGACAUGCAAAUGUGAAGUGGAAGGGGUGCUUCCAAAUGUGACCGUGACCCUCACUCUGCCUCCAAAUGGUUCUCCACUCCAGGACAUCUUGGUCCAUCCAUGUGUCACCUCACUGGACUCUAGUAUCCUGACUGCCAGCAGUGUGGAUAACUAUGAUGGCUCAACUUUCUCUGGGCCUUAUAAGUUCCCCUUCUCUCCUCCUCUGGAGCCUUUCAGACUAUGCAGCUAUACAUCUCAGGUUCCUGUUCCUCCUAUCCUUGGUUCAUAUCAACUGAAGGAAGAAGAGAACCACCUGCAUGUGUCAGUAACCCUUAAACUUCAUGAGAGUGUGAAAAACAGCUUUGAGUACUGUGAAGCACACCUGCCAUUCUUUAACAGGGAUCAGAUGGGUGUUGUGGAAAUGAAAGUGAGCUCUGGACAACUGGAUGUCUCAAAGGAGAAGAACCUGCUGGUCUGGGCCCUGGGCCAAAAGUUCCCUAAAUCUCGUGAGGUCACAAUGGAAGGCAAGAUCAGCUUUUCUGGGCCGACGCCAGGACCUGCUGACCCCCUCUGCACCGGACUUACUGCCUAUAUCAAAUUGUAUUUCAGCGUGCCUGACAUGACGCUCUCUGGGUGCUGUGUGGACCAGCAUUCGGUGCAGGUUUAUUCCUCAGCCAAACCACGGAUUGUAACAUCUCGAGAACUUCUAUCCAAAGAGUACUUCAUAUGGAAUUCAACAGGACCUGCUCCAGUAUCCUCUGGGCAGAUGAUUCUGUAGCAGGGAUAUGCUGGUGGGAAAAGCUGCAUAGUUCACUAUACUGGAGCAGGACUGAAAACACUGUCAAAUAUAUACUGUGAUCCAGACUGGAUAUGUGACCCCAUAAAAUGUAUUUGUUACUGUCUGUUGUUACUGGAGAGUUCACAAAUGAUAUAAAAUGUUCAUAGCAGUGUAAAUAAUUUGUAGAUUUUACAUUAUCUUUUAUAUUAACAGGUAAAAGACGGCAUAAUUUCGCUUCCACUCAGCAUAGUUCACAAUGAGCAAACUUUGCCUGGCAAAGGUAUUGAUUUUGUUCAUGGAAGCGUUCUUUUAAAAAUGUACCUGCCCUGUAGUCCAACUUCUUUAAUCCCCCAGCCUUCACCCACCCUCAGAUUUAUCCCAUUGCAGACACAAGGGCCACCCGUUGCUCUGACAGUCCCACUUCAGUGACUCUCCAUCAGCCGGAUAAUUAGCAGCUGGGGCCUUGUCAUCAGCUGUUGUGGGCCUGGAGGAGAGGGGCGGCUGGGCUGUGAAAGGCUAGGCUGCUCUGGCCAGUGUCUCGGCUACAAAAGGCUCCUCUUUUAGAGCUGGCAGGAGUCCUUGCCCCCUUCCACCAGUCACUCCCCCCACCCCCUUUUGACCCUGUCCCCGCCCUGUCAACUAGUGGCUAGUUCAAACACACAGUCUCUCCAGUCAGACUGUGAUUGAGCACUGACCCUCUGGCCUUUGAGACUUUAAAGCGGCCAGUCCCAUUCAGUGAGCAGGACCUGCCUAAUUGCUGAAAAGGUCACAAGGAUGGACGUGCUUGGGUUGCUCUUGAAGUUGCAUAGGUGCUUUAAUUCAAUUAAUGAAGAACUUUAAGUACAUGACUUUGAUCUUUAUGGUUGUAAUAAAAAAAAUCAGGGUACACCUUCGUUUUAUAAUCAGUAUUUACAUACAAAGAAACUAUUUAAAGAGGGGCAUUUACCUCCCUGUUUCUCACUGUUUACUGUUACCUGAAAUUUGAAGAGUUUCAUACUAGCACUGUUCCCGAUGUGAAUGCUCCACCUGAGUGCACUAAGUUGACUGAGUAACGAGCCGAUGAAGGGUUAAAGUAGAGGAGAUUGUAACCCACUAUUCCUCAGUAGCCAGACUCCUCUGAGUGCCCUCAUUGUCUGCUGUUGGCCUCUUGUGCCCCUUGCUGGUCCAAAUGCUACAUUCUCACGUGGAUUUCCACUCAGAAGGCUGACCAUGACCAAUCCUCUGUCAAUUGGAACCAAUUGCUCACACGGCAUCCUUCACCUUCUUUUUAUGUAGCAGUGCGGAGUGGCAGACACCGAGACCUCUCGGCUCUCCCCCUCCACGAUGAUUUGGCUUUAAGGCCCAGUGUGUGUGGCUAGCGAACUGGAAAAAGAGAAGUUUUUUUUUUUUUUGGGCCACUCUAAAUCUCCUCAGUAUCGCAAUAUGUGGUCAGUCUGGCUCCUGAAGUCUGCAGUCAGUGACCUCUCACUGGCAGGCUUUGCUUUGUUGAUUGAAUAGCUUGCAAAGUAGAUGGACUCAUUUUAAUGUGUUGCUCUGCUCCAUUGCCUUCAGCUCCUACCUUUUGUAUGUAAUUCUACAGUGUUUUUCAGAUUCAUUUAUCGUUUAUUUCGUCAUUGUUUGCUGUUUUAUGCACACAUACAGGAAAAAGGAUUAACACCAUUAUAUAAGAAGCAGAAAUAAAACUCACAUGGGCCAAAAUAAACUCUUGAAAGUAAA